AAAAAAAAAAUGUCAACGUCAGCCGCACUGCGUAGCAAAACAAAUUUGGCCCAAACGAAGAAAAAACCUCUCGCAGGCGCAUAUUCCACAAAUUCUCCCUCAACAAAAAAAUUCUUCUGCUUAAGAAAAAACUGCCAACAAAAUAUAUAUUCCAUCAUCUUACAAUAUAACUUGAAAAUAAAAACAAAAUUUUAAACAUUCCAUAUGGAAUGCAACAAGCUGUACGAGUCUAAACUUACUUAAAAAAAAAAAAACAAGUCCAAUUCCCUCUUUUUUCCACGACAAAGACUGAUUGCUAAUCAUUCCACACUUUAACACAACACACAAAAACAACAAACCAUGUCUACGUCACGUUACGAACGAUUGAGCACAAAUCAAAAAGGUGAACUCUUCCAAAACGAUGAAGAAAACGAAUUGGACGAUCAUCAUCAUCAUCGUCUAGACGUGGCCACACAACAUGCCGCUAGUUCGAAACUCAUGCAACUGGCAGUCGGCACUUUGGCCAUUAUUUGUCUUUACCUUUCACUUUCUAUUAGUUUGACUUUCUAUCAAGGAUGGCUUAUAAAGCAUUUGAAAUUCCCUCUAUCAAUAGUUUCCUACCAUCUGGUUGUUAAGUACAUGAUGUCGGCGUGUGUGCGCAGUGUCAUGCCCCUGUUCAAUGGCAACACGCGGGUACAACUCGAUUGCAAAACCUCAAUUCGUAAGAUGGCUCCAACAGGUAUAGCCAGUGGCAUUGACAUUGGCUUUUCCGGCUGGGGUCUGGAAUUGGUCAAGAUCUCAUUAUACACGAUGACCAAGUCAUCCACAAUUAUUUUUAUUCUAAUAUUUGCAAUUAUUUUGGGUUUGGAGAAGAAGAGUUGGGCUUUGAUGGGAAUUGUGGUGAUGAUUGCCACGGGGUUAUUUAUGUUCACUUACAAAUCCACUCAGUUUGAUGCUUUGGGAUUCACUUUUUUGCUUGUGGCAUCUUUGAGUAGUGGAAUUCGGUGGACUUUUGCACAAUUUGUAAUGCAAAAGUCUAAACUGGGAUUGCAUAAUCCAGUGGAUAUGAUUUAUCAUAUGCAACCUUGGAUGAUUCUAUCGGUUGUUCCAUUUACAAUUGCAUUUGAAGGCGAACGUCUUAUGAAUGUUGUUAAUCAACUUCCAACCUAUCCCACCUCGGACAUUGUUUAUUUGGUAUUGAAGAUUAGCGCUGGAGCUAUAUUGGCAUUCUUUAUGGAAUUAAGUGAAUUUUUGGUUCUAUCACGAACAUCGAGCUUAACUCUUUCGAUUUCUGGAAUUUUUAAGGAUAUUUGCCAGUUGGCACUUGCAGUUGAACUUAAUGGUGACCAAUUGUCACUAAUGAACGUACUUGGCUUGGUUGUCUGUUUGGGUGGCAUCUGUUGCCAUGUCAUACACAAAUAUUCCACUUUAACAUUUCAAAAACCCGAUGAAAUACUUUUCGAAGAAACCACCAACGGAAACAUACGCGAUAAUUUAACACAUUCAGUUGUCUUGCACAGUUCGUCUGGACAAAAAAUACCCCUUCUUGAAAAUACCGAUUCAGAAGACGAGUCUCACGAUCAGGACGAUCAGAAUGCAUCUGAAGUGAUAUUUGAUGUUCUCAAAAGAAGAGAUUCAUCUCGAAGAUAGUUUAAUUAAAUCUGUAAACAUGAUUAGUAUGGACACAAGUGCUUAAGCAUUUAACUUUCAUAUAAAAAAAGAAUAAGUUUACCGAGUUUCAACAAAAAUAAAAAAAAAAAUACAAAAAAAAAAACUCUCGAAACGCUGUGAUCAAAUAAAAUAUAUUUGGCGAAAUCAGGAGAUAGUAUUUCUGAAAAAAAAAAAAAGCACAAACCUACACCGAUAAAAUACGAAAUAUACCACUAAAUUUUGUGCCAUUUGAUCCAGGCAAAAUCUGAAUCUUUCAAAACUGUCCUUCUUAGCUUUUUGUUAAGAAAAAAUACGUCGUUUCAAGUGUUGGCAGUAUAAUUUAUUCAGAGCUUUAAAAUAUAUUAACAAAAAGUAUUUAUAAAUAUUUCCACAUUGUAAAUGUUGUUACCUUUAUUUUGUAAAAAAAAAAAAUAAAAUCUUAUAACUUAAAGCUACACAAGUAUAAAAUUUAAAAAAAAAAUAUGUAUUAACAUUUUCAAUACGCGUGUGCCGUUAAACUAGCGAAUUUAGUAUCACAUUAUUAUUAAUACAAAUAUUUUACAUAAAUUAAGUUUAAUAACUAAAAUAUCCUGAUCUAAAUAAAUUGUAAAAUAAAAUUGUUUAUAUAUUUUUAAGAAACUAAAAGACAGACAAAUGUAGGUGUAGAAUGCACGAUCCUAAAUUUAUAAUUUGAUAAUUUUUUUGUUAUUUUGUUUAAUUUUUUCUUAUAAUAAACUUUGUUUCGUUUGAAACAAACAUUCUAAAUCUUUAUUUCUAUCAAAUUUCUUAACAAAAAACUAAAUUAAUUUUCUAUUGAAGUUAGUUUUGUGGA